GUGGAUUGAGUGUUCGCUGAGGGUGCUGUCGAUGGGUGACGUGUGAGCUCGAUCGUGUCACGACGUAGACUGCUCGCGCGCUGCCUCUGGUCGUGCGUCGCCAAGCGUUCGCUGUGUGCCUCCGUGACCUAGUUACAAACAGCACACCUGUAGACUCCGGGCACAUUCGCACAGCGUCACAGUAGCGUCCCCUCUCUCAUUUGAAUAAGGUGAGACACACCGUCGCCAUUUUGAACAGGUAGACCCUGUCAAGGGAGUGCGGAAGUGUGUAAUUUAGAAAACUACCGUCCUUUUUCCAGGGACCGUAAAGAUCCGAUCGGUGUGUGGACCUGCUGGCGGGUUGUGAAAUAUGUGAACACGUUUGACAGCUCAGGUAAAUUAGCCAGAAAAUAGAGAAAAUGGCGACAAGACUAUGUCUUUACGUGUUCCUGACUUUGGCAGCUUUGUACUUGGUCAACUCGGACACACCGUUUGAAUGGAUGCGUCCGGACAGAUUCGAUGUGGCCAACGACAAGUUUUACAGCAUCACAGGUGAGAAUUGUCGUUCGAAGCGGGAAGAGGACCUGAUGCUGCCUGAAGAAGCGGUGGCACAAAAACCGCGGUACAACAUGCUUCUGAGCACCAUCAUAUACUCCAACAGGACGGCCUUGUUGCACGCUCACAACCUGGCUCUCAACCGCGCAUUCUUCUACAGCUUCAUGUACCAAACUCUUAACCAGACCUACGACUUCAGCACCCAGCCCGGACUGUUUUACAUCUACAUGGCCCACGCGGCAGACGUCUCCGCCAGCCCGGGUUUCAUCAACGGUUCCUCCAUCUUUUUUGACAACAACUGCACCUAUCCGAACUGGUACAAGAAGUUAAAUUUCAACCUCACAAUCCCCUUGUUUGGCCCUCGCGCGUGGAGGGAGGACGACUACAAUGAACCUGUCAACUGGCUUCGAGAACCCACGAACAGAACCAUCGAUAUCCACGACUACGGGGCCGGACGGAUUCGAAACUAUUCCCACCCGAUGUACAAAGGCAACCCGUGGUACAAGGCAUGGUUGCCGGAUCUCUUUGAGAAGGAUGACUCGGUUCGGAAGUUUACGUACGCUGUAGGUAUAAAGUAUUCCAAUGCCACAGGUGUCUUCACCAAAAACGAUUUCACAGAUUAUUCCUUCUUCGGGCCGCCCCAACCUGGACAGACGUCGGGGACGGAGUCACUUCCGGUUUUGAUCUCUCGACCUUACUUUGACUGCGGCCGCUCGGACAGGUGGAUUGUCACAGCAUCCUCACCAGUGGUUGACUACAUGCCUCGUUACUCACCCUGGAUCCACAUGAGACGAGGAAGAUUUGUGGCCGUGACAACCACAGACAUUGAGUUUGAGAGGCUAGAUAUGAACCAGUGUCCACUAGCCGAGGGCAACCCUGCACCCAAUUUCUUUGCCGGCACUGCCCGGUGCAGACCCACGACAAUGUGCGAGCCGCUGAUGGGUUUCGGCUUUAAACGGGGUGGCUACCAGUGCGUUUGUCAACCCGGCUUCUACUACCCCUGGUGGCACGACGGGCCUUUCCAGGGACUGGAGAUCGAGCAGUCCAGUUUUGAGGAGUAUGACUACAGCUUUGACUGUCUGACAGUGGAGCAGAGAAUGCUGAUUCCCAACGUGGCUCCGGAGUUCGUCACCCGCAGCAAGCGGUCUGUGUACACACCCAAGCAGAAGUUCUUCGAUUCUCUCCCAAAACUUCAGACACGCCGUCUGCUGUCACGUGAGAAGCGCGGUGUCCUGGACGCCCUCAAGGCCCACCGCGAGCAGAUGGCCCGCCUGACUCAGGAGGCCAAGGUUGCAGAAGAACAUCCUAAGGUCUUGAAGAAACGCUUCGUGGCCAACAAGAAGACGAUGCCGGAAGUGCUGCACCGCCAGAAGCGGUUCGCAGUGGACGAGGACGCGGCAGUUCGCAUGAACAACAUCAUGGAGCGAAAGUACCAGAUCAACAAACUAAACUGCAAGGACAGGAAGGCCUACGAGCUCUUCUUACCUGGCGACGUCAACUUCGGUGUGGAGAGGCAGUUCGAAGCCCAGGGUCGCACUGCCCUGCGCUUGGCUCACUUCUUGAGCAACUUUCUGCAAAACGUGGACGAGUACGAGGAGUUUGGUGACCUCAAGGGCGACCGGCGCCUGAACGAGACACAGAUCUUCGGCGAGGUCAUUGCCAACGUCAUGGGGGACUUCCGGAUCCUGGGUGCUGGCGUUUUCUUCGACCGUUACAAGUUCCGCAUGUCGCCCCCAGUCAAUAACACAGACCCCCGCUUCGUGAACGGGAUCACGCGAGAAUUCUUCGGGCCCUACGCGUGGCGGAAGACGACGACGCAAGCCGGUCUGGACACCUACAACGCCCUGGACUUCGCCGGCUUCGACACCUACUACACCGAUCAGUCGUGGUUUCAGAACAUCAAGUCCCGCUGGGGCACCAACUUCUACGACUUGAAGAAAUAUGUCGCCAAGCCGAUGAUCAGAUCCGACUACAACGGAACCAGUCUCAUCCGGUUUGAGUACUACCCAAUCACCUAUCGCGCUGCUAACUACGAAGACGGUGAUUGGCUAAGACCGGAGUUCAAGUGUGAUGGCCGUGUGGAUGACUGGGUCAUUACCUACCUGGCGCCCUUUUUCGGGAUGAACGACCUGAAAAGCAGGCUAGAGUUUAAGGGUGUGGUGAUGGUGGAAGUCAAGCUGGAUUACCUGGACAUCAACCAGUGUCCUGGCAACUUCUUUGUCGCCAAUGCCUUCAAGAACACAGCGCGCUGCGACUUCGAAUCCCAAUACUGUGUGGCAUUGGAGGGCAAGCGGUUCAACACUGGUGGCUACAAGUGCGAUUGUCGCCAGGGGUACGAGUACCCGUUUAACGACUUGGCCUGGUUCUUCGACGGACAGACCAUGGAGCAGGAACAUGGCAAAAUGAAAAGAGGGGAGCCGAACAGGUACCACACCCUCAAAUGCCGUAUCGCUGGGGCAUCUGCAGCAACAGCAAGUCUUGUUUUGGUAGUUGCCAUGGCAGUUGGACAGUUGUUGUGGUAGCAGUGUAGAGUGAAACUUGUGAGGUGUGAUAAAGAGUUGUGGAGAGAAUUCUGACUGCAAGUUGAAUAUUGUCUGCUGAUCCAUAACAAACAAAAAUGUACAUUGUUUGCUCAUUAUAUUGUCGAUAAGGCUGUAUCUCAUUCACACGGUAUCAGGAUGAUUAUAGAAACUGUUUUUGAGGGUGGGGGGAGAACAUGAUCAUCAUUGUUUAAAGUUUAAACCAUCGUUCAUUCAUUAUCAUCAGAUCAUUAGCUUAUUGUAUACGUAUUGCCUCGAAAAAUUCUGAUCUUGAUGAUACAACCUGAUUUCCUUGACUGUUCUCAUGUUACCUUUAGAAUAUUUUCGUCGUUCUUGUCCUGUUUCCUCUUUUCUUUCAUAUUUGAAAUUUGUACAUAACAAAGAACAUAUCAUAUUUCUUAUUGCUGAAGAUUAAUUUUUGCUAUGUGCCAAGUGUACUGUCUGAGUUAAAAAGAAUCUGUAUCAACAAUAUAUGAACAACUGUAAGCUUGUUAUUAACAUUUUCAUAAUGGGGAUCAAAUGUUAAAGCCUGAAACGUGUCAACCUUUAACCUUUUAUCCAAUUUGGCAUUUGUCAGAGUGAUAACAUAUCAGAAUGCUGUGUUUGUGGUCACACAUUUCCAUCAUUCUCAGGUUACUGUCAGCGAAGAUGUUCAAUGAUUUUAAAAAAAAUUCCAGCUAGGGUGUCGGUAAGACCGUUUUAUAUGAUGUGUUAAUGAAAAAAAAUUUUAGGAUUGCCUGGUGGCGAUAUUUGUACCGGAGAGACGAUUUAUGACAGGUUUGUUGGUAAAGGGAGUGGGUGGGCUUAAUACUCAGAACUGUAGAUUGCUUGCUAACAUUUUAUAAGGACAUGUCAUUGACCUGCCAGGAUAUCUUAUGGACACCUUAGGGUCACGUGUAGCUACUUCUGUGUAGAUGCCGGAAAUGACCUUCCUCUACACCCACGCUGUGGGUGGCACAUUCCACUUCGGUAGCUAAAGAAUAGCUUUUGUGCGAUUAAUACUGAGCAUUGAUUGUAUCAGCAAUGCCACGUGUAUGAGGUCAACAUUGUAGUGUUUGCUGGGAAACAUUAGAUGCCGGAGAGCAAUGCAAUCAAACUGAUCAGCUCGGUGUUUCAGUACAUUCAUCUGAUCGUGAAGUCUACUUGAGGUGGAACCUUACUGUGUUGAAGACAGAUCAUCGUGCAACCUUGCUGUUUGGAUCGUUUGUGAGGUAGAAAUGAGUAGCAUGUGCCUCCCACAAAGUUGCUGGCAUUGUGGAGUCGGAUGCAUGAAGCACUGUUCUUUUUUAUCGCUCUUGAAAUUAAGAGGUAUACAUAGCAUUUUAGACAGAUUACUUUGGAGUACGAAAACUCGGAAGAUGGUUUAAAACCCCAGGACUGAUCUCCAAUUUCCAAAAAAUAAUCUUUCUGAUUUUAUUUUAAAAUAAAUUUGGCAGUUUCGCUAUCAAUGACAUUGUUUUAAAGUCUUUAAAAAAAAAGCUAGGGACGGUAUGAAACGUAGGGCUGCUAGAGAAGCAGUAUCAGUCGGCCUUUUGCUGUUUCGCUACAUAAAAACUGUGAUUGGCUUUGUCACAUUCCCUCCCCGCUAAAACAAAAUUUUAGCUUGAAUUCACUCAACACAUAUUCGUGCGUUAAUACGCUGUUCAGAUGAAAGCCAUUUUUUGUAUGUACAUAAGAAAUUACACCGCGGCCAUUUGGUGUUAACGAUGUACAUACUGUAUUCUUGUAUCUGUACAGUUAACUAUAAAUAUUUUUGUAAUAAAGAGGAUUUUUAAGAGAAA